UGUUUGUGUUUCUUUUGUUUUUAUUUGAAGUCGUUAUCAAAUUUAAAUUUUUGAAUAUUUUGAGAAAAAUUACAGAAAAUUGCUAAUAAAAUGUUAUAAAGCUCGUUUUCAUCGCUCCAGUAAUGUUUUUGUCUCAAUAAUUGAACCGUUCGUCUAGUCAACAAAAGUUCGGUAUUUAUGCAUCCACCUCUUCAUCGUAUUUACCCUCAACUUUGGUAUACUUCACGACGAACGAUGUGCGAAGCUCCGAAAACCGUCGACUACUUGAAGAAAUGUCGCAAAAGAGAUUCUUGUUUACCCAAUUCGUGGAUCGUGGUUCGUCUAGACGGCCGAAGUUUCACUCGUUUUACAGAAUUGCACAAUUUCGAAAAACCCAACGACAGAAGAGCCUUGGAAUUGAUGAACAGAGCAGCCGCCAAAGUUAUGGAGGAAAUAAAAGAUAUAAGUUUAGCUUUUGGUCAAAGCGACGAAUACAGUUUUGUUUUCAAGAAAGAUACAGAAUUGUUCGACAGAGAUGUCCAUUCUCUUACCAGUAUUGUGAAUAGUUUAUUUACCACAGCUUACGUGUAUUAUUGGGACGAUUUCUUCGCCCAUAAUACGAAAUUACUGUAUCCGCCCGGAUUCGACGGUCGUGUCGUUGUUUACCCGGAUGAUGUAAAUUUGAAAGAUUAUUUGAGCUGGAGACAAGCGGACGUUCAUAUAAAUAAUUUGUACAAUACUGUAUUUUGGGCGCUGGUUUUGAAAGGAAAUCACGAUAAGCGUAAAGCUCAAGAAAUAUUAAGCGGUACGGUGUCUAGUGACAAGAACGAUAUCCUGUUUAAAGACUACGGUAUUAAUUACAAUAACGAACCGCAGCUGUUUCGUAAAGGAACUACUCUGAUAAGAAAAUUCACUCGAAGACCCGAUAGCGAUAAAUUACAAGAAAAUAUUUUACUCCUCAACUGUGAUAUUAUUGGAAACAAGUUUUGGAAAGAUAAUCCAGAAAUUUUAAGCUUACAACAACCGCAAGUUUACACCAUUCCGGAAGGAAUGAAACAUUACGUCGUUGGUGAUAGUAACGUUGUUUCCGAAGAAACCCAUAAAUCCAGCGAAACUGUAAAAUGUUGAAAGAAGUGGAUCUGAAUAAAAGUUCCAAAGUUUGGUCGCGUGAUAUCCGUAACGUUUUUACCUCAAAAUGAAACCAGAUUGAGUCAGAAUUUGCAACUCUUCUAACGAAUAUGGAUUUUUCAACAAAAAAAGUUGCAGCGAUUAUUUUUGAAUUAAAAAUCAUCAUUAUAAGAAAAAUAUGAUCGACAUCUGCAUCGAAUUCUUCAAUAUGAAAAUCAAGUACAUAUUGAAAUACAAAACAUCCGUAACGUGCAAGGCGUGUAUUUUCCAAUCAGUAUAAAUGUUAGUCGCAGGAAGUUUACGGUUCUUCGAUCCGUUCGAAUUUCGUUAUUUACGAUGAAUUAUCAAAAUGUAAAAAAAAAAUACAGUUUACAGAAAACAUUCCUUCGAUGUUAAUACUAAACAUUCAACUACUACACGGACAAUAUUUCUAAAAUUAUAAAAAUAAAAUUAUUUUUUGUCAA